AUGGGCUCUCCCGCGCUCUCUCUGGCCCUGGUCGCCCUCUCCUCGGCGAGCGGCUCGGACGACUGGUACCGCGGCGCCACGCACAUCGACGAGCUGCGCGAGGCAUCCGACCGGCUGCAGGAGGGCACGCUCGACGAGCACGCGUUCCAGACGUUUGUGCGGCAGGCGGAGCGGGCGCCGGACGACUGGCGCGGCCACGCGAUGCUGGGCCAGGCGCAAACCAGCCGCGGGUCGCACCAGGCCGCGGUCGCCUCUCUCAAGCGGGCGCGCAAGCUCGCGCCGGACGUGCCGCAGGCGGACGCGCACGGCAGACCCACGCCGGGCGCUCCCUCCCGACACUGUGGCGCCCGCUCCCCAAAACCGCUGUCCGCCCCCUCCCACCCUGCGCUCCACAAGUCUGGACGCGUCCCGGCCGUGUGUCUCGAGGUUGCGACGGCGCUGGCGACGGCGCACGACGCUCUCGCCGCGGCGCUGCUCGACGCUCCGACGGCCGCCAACCUCACGCUCGUCAACCUCACAAAGCAGCAGCGGAGGCGGGCGGCGAGGCGGCCGCGCGAGGCGGUGUCCUUGCGCGAGGCGAUUGCCCUCCGGUCUCACGCCGAGGGGACGGGCGCCGGCGCCGGCGCCGACGUUGCGGCCGCCGCCACAUCGCACCACCGUCUGUCUCGGCUGCUGGUGAUGUCGGAGGCGGACCGGGAGGCGGCGGUGCACGCGAUGCACCGGCAGAUGGAGGAGAAGCGCGAGGAGGAAGAGGAGGACGAGGCGGUGCGCGCAGAGGAGGCGGCGGAGGAGGCCGCGAGGCGACGAGCGAAGCAAGAGCUGCGGUAG